AUGUGGCACAGUCAGGUCGAACAGGAAGGGGAUGCCGGCAUUCGGAUGCAGGAAGAUGCAGAGAGGGAGGUGGAGUUCCAAGAGAACGGUCAACAGCUGGCAGUAAAGUGGCAUGACAAGCGAGACGUCCAUGUCCUCUCCACUGUCCAUACAGCAACCAUGUCGGCCACAGGGAAGGUGGACCACCUGACCGGAGAGAGAAAGAUCAAACCAGAUUGUGUGCUUGAUUAUAACCUCAAAAUGGGGGCCGUGGAUAAGGCAGACAUGAUAAACAGCUUUGUGGAAUGCACACGGAAAACGAACAAGUGGUAUAAGAAGAUAUUUUUCCAUCUGAUCGACACUGCUGUCCUCAACGGCAGCAUAGUUCACCGCCAACUAACAGGUAAAGUAAUUACCUACCAAAAAUACAGAGAGAACCUCAUGAGAGAGCUGCUGGAGGAGCACCACACCCCUCGGCGCCCAUCCACUGGGGGUCGUCCUGCUGUAGACAAUCCCCUACGCCUCACUGCACGACAUUUUCCCUGCAAAGUCCCUCAAACUGCUUCUCAAGGUAGUCGCACACGGAGGCAUUGCAAAGUCUGCCUGUCUGGCGCCAGGAGAAGUAAGCAGAGGAAGAUGACAAAAUACAUGUGUCUAGCUUGUGAUACACCUCUAUGUAUUUCACCAUGCUUUGAGGAGUAUCACAUACUCAAGCAUUAUUGAGCACAUCUGCAGCAAUAGGUGACUGACUGACCUGACAUGUGACUUGACAGGUGACCAGCCAUGAUACUAUGCCUUAGAGAUGGGGUGGAAAUGCAGUUGUUGUUCAGUCACUGCAUGGAUAUUAAAUAUGGGUUACGCAUAUUCAGUUUUUUGUCCUCUAGUAAAACAAGUUGUUGAAAUAACUACCAGUACUGCAAUAAAAUAGAUGAAUAUUA